AUCAGCUGCGAUAUUCGUUGUUCGUUACCAGGUGGAAAACCGAGUAAACAGGAAGAGAAAAAAGCAUUCGGAAAGUUUUCCGGCUGUAAAACUGCUUUACUUCUGCAGGAAUCCGAUUAAAGAAUAAUGUUUUAUAGAACAGAUGAAAUCACGGAUCUCCGCUGGCCAUAGUGAGCUUUUCUCACCAGAGCAUCACCAUGACCUCCGGGUGUGCAGAUGAGGCGAACUGUACAGAAGACCUGGAGUCAUUUGUGUUUCUGUCCUACCCCGGACCUUCAGACCACACACACUCUUUGGAGUACACACACUCUGUGGGUACACACUUCUCUGAGACGGCGAAAGACAAAACCAGGCUGAGGAGCAGACUGGUGUCAGCAUGGAACAAUGUCAAGUAUGGAGGCUGGACCAUGAAAUCAAAACCUCGUCUGAGUAAAAACUCUCCUGUGUGUUUGCUGGGUCAUACAUACGACCUGAGCCAUGAAGAUGAGAGGCAGCGGUUCCGCUGUGUGUUCUCGUCCCUGUUCUGGAUGACGUACCGGAGAGGUUUCUCCUCGCUGCACGGAUCGUCUCUGACCUCAGACAGUGGGUGGGGCUGCACGCUGCGAUCCGCCCAGAUGCUGCUCGCACAGGCGCUAGUGCUACACACGCUGCCUGCAGGUUGGACCUGGUCCAGAGCUCAUCACCAAACCAGAGACGAUCUGGAGCUCAGACACUCUCGGCCCCGUGUACUUGGAUUGGGACGGAGCCGGAGGGCGGGACAGAGGAGGAGGAGCGAGGGGGGUAUUCUGGAUGAGGAUGAGGACGAGCAGGAGAGGGGACACCGGCGUGUGGUUGCGUGGUUUGGGGACAAUCCGGGUGCUCUGUUCGGCCUGCAUCGGCUGGUGAUGCUGGGGCAGUCGUCAGGGCAACGGGCGGGCGACUGGUACGGCCCCUCGGUCGCCGCACACAUACUGCGUAAAUCAGUCGCGGAAUCUGAACUGCACGAUCUGGCUGUCUAUGUCUCACAGGACUGCACCGUGUACAUAAAAGAUGUGAUGAGACUGUGUGAAGAACGUUCGCCCAAACUCCCUGCGAGAUUUGGCCCCGUUCUCAUCCUGGUGCCCGUGAGACUCGGUGGAGACGCGCUGAACCCUGCGUACAUCCCGCAUGUGAAGAGCCUGCUUCAGCUGAAGGGCUGCGUGGGAAUAAUCGGAGGAAAGCCGAAGCACUCGCUGUACUUCGUGGGAUUCCAGGACGAUCAGCUGCUGUAUCUGGAUCCGCAUUUCUGUCAGGCUGCUGUAGAUGUCAAUCAGCACAACUUCCCCUUAGAGUCGUUUCACUGUAAGACCCCGAGGAAGCUGCCUUUCCACCGCAUGGACCCCAGCUGCACUCUGGGUUUCUACACUAAAAGCAGAAGAGACUUUGAGAUCCUCCGCUCUGAGGUCACUACGGCUCUGAGCUCGUCCCCAGACAUGUAUCCCAUCUUCACCUUCAUGGAGGGCUGUGGACAUGAGCAGCAUAAGCAGCAUGAGCAGCUGGACUUGAGCUUUGACCCCGAGAGACACGUCCCACCCAAAGACAAAGGCAGGCGGAGAAGUAAGCGGAGCAGCACGGACGAGUUUGUGGUGCUGUGUACGCCGGCUAAAGAAUAAGUUACUGAAUCAGACUGUUUAAACUCACUACUGCUCAGGACACUACACACACGCACAGGGUUCAGAAGCAGCAUUGUACCACCUACAGGCCACAUACAGCCAUUACACACUUUUACCCUGCAGCUAUAAACCUUCAGCUGGCGACUAUAAACUUCCACCUGGCGGCUAUUAACUUCUGAAUAGCGACUCUUAGCUACUGAUCAAUGACGCCACCGAUUCUAAGAUGCAGAUUAGUGACUAUAAACUUCAGACUAGCGACUCUAAACUUUAGACCAGCAACUCUAUUGAUACCACGAUUUAGAUUAGCGACUCUAAGCUUCAUACAAGCGACUCUAGGCUUUAGUGUAGGGACUCUAUGCUUCUCUCUUUUGACUCUAAGCUUUAAACUAGCAAAUCAAAGCUUCUGACUAGCGACUCUAGUGAUACUAAGCUUCAGACUGGCGACUUUAGUGAUAGUAAGCUUCAGACUGGCGACUUUAGUGAUAGUACGCUUCAGACUGGCGACUCUGGAGAUACUAAGCUUCAGACUAGCGACUCUAGUGAUACUAAGCUUCAGACUAGCGACUCUAGUGAUACUAAGCUUCAGACUAGAGACUCUAAACUUCCAAAAAGCGAGUCUGGCUUCUGUAAGUUUCAGUUGCGACUGUAAGCACAUGUAUUGUGAGUUCACCUCAUUAUCCUCACAGCUUCAGGGUCAAAAUGAAGAAGUAAAACCUCAGACAGUGACCUGAGAGAUGAAACUCAACUCGAAAUAUAAAUAUAUCUAUAUAAUAAACAUCAUACAGGGUCGUGUACUUUAUUAGUGCUUUUUGAAGCCGAAGAAAACAUCAGACAUCACACAAAUCUCAGCUCUAUUCGACUGUAAUGCACAAAGUGUGAACUAAAGUGUGUGUGUGUGUGUGUGUGUGUGUGUGUGUGUGUGUGUGUGUGUGUGAGAGAAAAUGUGAGUUUUCCUGUCAUUGUCACUUUGCCAUCCAUAUUAAAGGAUUAAUAAUAUUCAUGUUUA